AAGGCGCUUCAGGGGCGUCAUCAGAGCGCGCCGGUGUGUGUGUGUGUGUGUGUGUUAGCCGGUUAGCUUAGCUGCAACAGGAUGGCGUUAUUUCCCGCGUUUUCCGGAGCACCGGAUUCUCAGCGCGCGCAGGGAACAGAACUGGAAUGGCUGAAUAAUCAGAGUUUCCGGGCCGACGCCGCUCAGAGUGUGCACCAGCGCGCCGCCGAGAAGGACACAACCACUUCCAGCCCUGCCAGUCCACAGAGAGCUGAGGAGCAGGAGGACGGGCGGAGCGUCGGAUCAAAGAGGAAGAAGAAGAAAGAGAAGAAGAAGAAAAGGAAAAAGCAGAAGAAGCGCAGCAGAGGCGGGUCGGACGGUUCCGGCUCGGACACGGUUUACCCCAGUGACCUGCUGACCCAACCAGAACCACCAAUCACUGAGAGGGUGGAGUGUGUAUCUGAGGGGAAGUUCGUGUGGUUGGAUGAUCUGCAGAACCUCAGUGAUCCACCGUUCUGUAUCGACCGGAGAUCCGACCCAAACAACUGGCAAUACAAAUCCCUGUACCGAGCAGAUAUCGCCAGGUACAGGCGGAGGGGCGGAGCUGUGCUGGGAUUGGACGGUAGGACUCAGGCCGUGUUGUGGGAUGACGCCCCUCAGGAUAAGAAGCGAGUGGAGAGGAAACCGGAGCGCUACUUCCACUCCUCCAUACAGCAGCUGCUCCGCUCUGAGCCAAUCACAGCCCUCCCUACAGCUCCUCCCACUGACCCCGCGGACUCCGCCCCCUUCCUCCCCUUGCCCCCCUGCCCUGAGCUCCAGGAUGUCCCCGCUCGGGCGGGCGGGACCCAGGUGGACCCCCUGGGCGUGUACGACCCAGGCACCGCCCUGUAUCUGGAGGGAAGGGGCCGGCCGAAGACCGAGGAGCCGCGCCCGGGCGGAGCCGACAGCGCAGCCCUGCUGACCGCCCGCACCGAGGAGUUCAACCGGAACCUCCGCCAGAACCCCACCCACAUCCAGCUGUGGCUUGACUUCAUCCGCUUCCAGGAUGAGGUCUCGGGCGGAUGCGGCGCGGCGCUGGGUGCAGUGCCGGGUGCGGAGGGUGACGGGGAGCGCGGCAGGUUGACGGUGCGAGCGCUGCUGGAGAGGAAGCUAGCGAUCGUGGAGCGGGCGCUGGAGGUGAACCCCGGCAGCAUGGAGCUGAAGCUGGUGAAGCUGGCGCUGUGCCAGGAGCUGUGGGACCCCCCCGCACUGCUGAAGGAGUGGAAGAAGCUGGUGUUCCUCCACCCGAACAGCUCCACCCUGUGGAGGAGAUUCCUGCUCUUCACCCAGACCCACUUCAGCUCCUUCUCCACCUCCAGGGUCAGCGCCGCCUACGCCAAGUGUCUGAGCACGCUCAGUGCGGUGCAGGACGGCACCAUGCUCUCCCACCCACCACUGCCGGGCACAGAGGAGGAGCUACUGGAAAUCUUCCUCCUGCAGUGUCACUUCCUGCGGCAGGCCGGCCAAUCAGAGAAAGCGCUCAGCCUGUUUCAGGCCCUGCUGGACUUUACCUUCUACAAACCCGACACUGUCACUCACCUUAACACCCGACAACAGGUGGAGUUUUUCGAGCCGUUCUGGGACAGCGGUGAGCCGCGGGUGGGUGAGCGAGGGGGGCGGGGCUGGAGGGCGUGGAUGCUCCAGCAGGAGAGAGGAGGAUGGGUGGUGCCACCUGAGACAGAGGAUGAUGAUGAUGAUGAUGAAGAUCAGGACGAGUGUGAGAUCAGAGAUAAGUCUGAGCCGAAGUGGAGGAUCUGGUUGGAUGUGGAAACGUCUCGUGAAGCGAAGCACUGGUUGCCCUGGAGACCUGACAAAAGCAAGGGCCAAUCAGAGGAGGACUGUGAGGAUCCAGACAGACAGGUGCUGUUCGAUGACAUCGGCCCGUCCCUGAUCCGGGUGGAGUCUGCGAGCCUGAAGCUCCGCCUUCUUCUCGCCUUCCUACGGUUUCUGGGCUUACCGGACCCCUCGGCCCCGCCCCCCAGCAGCACACUCCUGGAUGACUCCGCCCUGCUGGACCUCAGCCUGGACUCAGAGCGACCUCUGACCUCCUGCCACCUCCCUCUGACCGGGAUCAGCGCUGUGGGUCACAUGACACACCUGAGUGAUGUCAGGAAGCAUGUGGGGCUAUGUAAGGAGGGGGAGGAGUUUCUGGGGAACGUUCUGGAACGGGUCCUGCCACUGGUCAGGGCGCCGGACAGAACUGUCCUGUCGCUCUGCUGGCUGCAGUACGAGAAGCUGAAGGUGUUGCGGUGUGUGUACAGCAGCAGCAGUAAGCGGUUGCGGGUUGCGGUGCGGCGCGGGAAGCGGGUGGGGAAACGGUUACUGAAGCUGCCGGAGAACCGCAGCAGCCUCAGCCUGUGGCGGGAGUACGCUCACCUGCAGUGGAUUGUGGGUAAUGUGGAGGAGGGGCGGAGAGUGUUCGACACGGCACUCGCAGUGGGAGGGGCUUCAGGACUGCAGGACCACACCCUCUGCGAACUCUGCCUUUUGUACGCCCAGUUAGAGGUGGAGCAGGCGUGCAUGGGCGGAGCUAAAGCCUCCGUGGCUCCGCCCACUGGCUCUCGGGCUGUCUAUGUUCUGAGCAGGCUGGCGGAGGGGGGCGGGUACAGCGGGUUCUCAGGGCAGGUGAGCCCGGUGUCGGUUCUAAAGGCCCGGAAAGCGUACGAGAACGCCCUAUCAGCAGCUGCAGAGGGCGGGACACCACGGAGUGCUCUGAUUGGCUGUUUCGGACUGUUCCAGUACCUGACGGUGGGGAUUGACGCUGCUGAUGCGGUCUUCACUGAAGCCAGAGAGCGGCUGACACCCGGCACUGCCACUGCCACUGCCACUGGCACAGAACCCGACCCGUCACUCAGAGAGCGCGAGGCCGUGUGCGUCCUGCAUGUGGCACUGCUGCGGCUGCACUCCAGCACCAGCGCCUUCCCCCUGUCCCGCCUCCGGAUGGCGCUGACCGACGCCCUGCGCCUCCUGCCCUGCAGCGCCACCCUGUGGCACUUCUACCUGCUGACCGAGAGCCGUUACCAUAGCGCCGGCCGCGCCCGCAGGUUCUUCCACACCGUCGCCAGGGGCAACCAGACCAUCAUACCACACCUGUUCUCCAUCACCGCAGAGCAGCGGAGGAAACAACACCUCGACUCCGUCAUCAGGUUGGGUCUUCCAGCCGAUGCUCUGCCAGUGAUCCCGGAGACGGGCCUUAGUAACCGUAUCCGCUCACUGUUUGAGGUUGCCGUGGCGACGGAGGAGGGAGCCCACUGCCCCCUGCUGUGGAGGAUGUACAUGAACUUUAUGGUGUGUAACGGGGACACAGAGAGAGGAAGAGGAAUCUUCUAUAAAGCUCUACAGAACGUCCCCUGGGCUAAAUGUGUGUAUAUGGACGCGGUGCGGUUGUUUCCGGAUCGGGUUCAGGAGUUUUUGGAUCUGCUGGUGGAGAAGGAGCUCCGGCUCCGAGCGCCGAUGGAGGAGGUGGAGAUCCUGCUGGAGGAAUAAACGCCUACACUACCCACAAUGCACCAGACCUGCGGACCCUCACAUACCUUUAUUUAUAUUUUAUUUGGAUAUGAAAAUGGUAAUUUUGUGAUAAAUGUAUAUAUUUAUAGUC